AUGGAGAUGGCUCUGCCCCUCAUGGGAAGAGUGUUUUCUCACCAAGUGGCAGAGCAACAGGUGAACCGAGAGGAAUCCAGCAUGGAGCCCGGAGUUUCAAUGUCCAAAGGACUCGUCUUCAAUGGCUCAACUCUACUCUGGUCUUCUAUGCUAGAGGAUACCGCAGGGCUUAGAUCCGCUAUCAUACCUGGCGAAGCUACCACACCAGACGAUGACAUAUUUGAGUAUGAAGAAAACAUUGGGGCCAGUCUGAUCCUCGGUUCAGCAGUCCCUUUGCCCCUCCAAAAAGUGCUGUUCCAGUAUCUGCCACCAAGGCAGGAAGCCGAUCGCCUCACAGCCGCGUACUUUGGAAUCCUGGUAACGGGAGCAAACACUGGUAUGGGCUUCGAGAUGGUCAGAGCGCUUUGUAACUCUGAAGUAGCCUACGAGGUACCUAUUGGCGGAAGUUCGCUCGUCAAAGCCGGACAAGCGGCCAAUGCUGUCAUGAAGGAAUUCCCGUCCACUCGCAGUAGAGUCUUCAAAGUCUAG